GGAACCGCACCGCAAACUUUCCCGGAGCGGCCGGCGCGGGGCCAUGGGCCGCGGCCCGCGCUGAGCACAAUGAUCGCCGCCCGCGGCCGCCCGCUCUGCCCCGCGCUGCUGCCGCUGCUGCUCGCCGCGCUCUGCCCCGCCGCCGCCGCCGAAGUGUGCACCGGCACCGACAUGAAGCUGCUGCAGCCUUCCAGCCCCGAGAGCCACUACGAGACCCUGCGGCACCUCUACCAGGGCUGCCAGGUGGUGCAGGGCAACCUGGAGCUCACCUAUCUGCCCCCCGGCGCCGACACCGCCUUCCUCCAGGACAUCAAGGAGGUGCAGGGCUACGUGCUGAUCGCUGAGAACCACGUGAGCGCCGUGGGGCUGCAGGGGCUGCGCAUCAUCCGUGGGACGCAGCUCUUCCAGGAGCGCUACGCGUUGGCCGUGCUGGGCAAUGUGGGGCUGCGGCAGCUCGGCAUGCGGCAGCUCACAGAGAUCCUGAAAGGGGGGGUACACAUUGAGGGGAACCCCCAGCUCUGCUUCCAGGAGACCAUCCUCUGGGCCGACAUCUUCCACCGGCACAACGAGCUGCGCAGUGAGACCCGCGUGGAGAGCACCCGCAGCCGCACCUGUCCCGACUGCCGGGCGCUGUGUGCUGAGGGGCACUGCUGGGGUGAGAGCCCACAGGACUGCCAGACCUUGACCAACAGCAUCUGCCACGGGUGUCCGCGCUGUAAGGGCACGAAGCCGACGGACUGCUGCCACGAGCAGUGCGCUGCGGGCUGCACCGGCCCCAAGCACUCCGACUGCCUGGCCUGUCUGAACUUCAACCGGAGCGGGAUUUGCGAGCUGCACUGCCCCCCCCUCGUCAUCUACAACUCCGACACCUUCGAGUCGGUGCCCAACCGUGAUGGGCGUUACACCUUCGGUGCCAGCUGUGUCAGCCAGUGCCCCUAUAACUACCUUGCGACAGAGGUGGGCUCCUGCACGCUCGUCUGCCCCCAGAACAGUCAGGAGGUGACGGUCAACAAUGUGCAGAAGUGCGAGAAGUGCAGCAAGCCCUGCCCGGAGGUGUGCUAUGGGCUGGGGGUGGAUUUCCUCAAGGGCGUCCGUGCUGUCAACGCCUCCAACAUCCGGCACUUUGCUGGCUGCACCAAGAUCUUUGGCAGCCUGGCCUUCCUGCCCGAGACCUUCGCUGGGGACCCAAGCACCAACACAGCACCCCUGGACCCCCAACUGCUAUCGGUCUUUGAGAGCCUGGAGGAGCUGACGGGCUACCUGUACAUUGCUGCCUGGCCACCCGGCAUGGACGACCUGGGCGUCUUCCAGAACCUGCGUGUCAUCCGUGGCCGUGUGCUGCACAAUGGUGCCUACUCACUGACGCUGCAGGACCUGGCGGUGCGGGCGCUGGGGCUGCGCGCCCUGCAGGAGAUCAGCAGCGGGAUGGUGCUCAUCCACCACAACCCCCAGCUCUGCUUCCUCCAGAAGGUGCCCUGGGACAGCAUCUUCCGCCACCCCCGCCAGCACCUCUUCCAGACCCACAACAAAGCCCCCGAGCAGUGCGAGAGCGAUGGCCUGGUGUGCUUCCACCUCUGCGCCCACGGGCACUGCUGGGGGCCCGGCCCCACACAGUGCGUCUCCUGUGAGCGCUUCCUGCGGGGCCAGGAGUGCGUGGCCUCCUGCAACCUGCUGGAUGGUGCCACCCGGGAGCACGCCAACGGCACGCGCUGCCUGCCCUGCCACCCCGAGUGCCAGCCACAGAACGGCACCGAGACCUGCUUUGGAUCGGUGAGAACGGGGACACGGGACAGCAGCACGGGGGUGGCACUGCCGCCAGGUCCCUCACCCCCCACCCCCGUGCCCCCCACCCCGCAGGAUGCGGAUCAGUGCGUGGCAUGCGCGCACUACAAGGAUGGGCAGCAGUGCGUGCGGCGCUGCCCCAGCGGGGUGAAAGUGGAUGCCUCCUUUGUGCCCAUCUGGAAGUACCCGGACGAGGAGGGGGUCUGCCAGCUCUGCCCCACCAACUGCACCCACUCGUGCACCAUCCGGGAUGAGGACGGCUGCCCCGUGGACCAGAAGCCAAGCCAGGUGACGUCCAUCAUUGCUGGAGUGGUGGGGGCUCUGCUGGUUGUCGUCCUUCUGCUCAUCACCGUGGUCUGCGUCAAGCGCCGGCGGCAGCAGGAGAGGAAGCACACCAUGCGGCGGCUGCUGCAGGAGACCGAGCUGGUGGAGCCGCUGACACCCAGCGGGGCCCUCCCCAACCAAGCGCAGAUGCGCAUCCUCAAGGAGACGGAGCUGAAGAAAGUGAAGGUUUUGGGCUCCGGCGCUUUCGGCACUGUCUAUAAGGGCAUCUGGAUCCCUGACGGGGAGAGCGUGAAGAUCCCGGUGGCCAUCAAGGUGUUGCGGGAGAACACCUCGCCCAAAGCCAACAAGGAGAUCCUGGAUGAAGCCUACGUGAUGGCCGGGGUGGGCAGCCCCUACGUGUCGCGGCUGCUGGGCAUCUGCCUGACCUCCACGGUGCAGCUGGUGACGCAGCUGAUGCCCUACGGCUGCUUGCUGGACUACGUGCGGGAGAACAAGGACCGCAUCGGCUCCCAGGACCUGCUCAACUGGUGUGUGCAGAUCGCCAAGGGGAUGAGCUACCUGGAGGAGGUGCGGCUGGUGCACCGUGAUUUGGCUGCUCGCAACGUCCUGGUCAAGAGCCCCAACCACGUCAAAAUCACCGACUUUGGGCUGGCACGGCUGCUUGAUAUCGACGAGACCGAGUACCACGCCGACGGGGGCAAGGUCCCCAUCAAGUGGAUGGCGCUGGAGUCCAUCCUGCGCCGGCGCUUCACCCACCAGAGCGACGUCUGGAGCUACGGCGUCACCGUGUGGGAGCUGAUGACCUUUGGGGCGAAACCAUACGAUGGGAUCCCGGCGCGGGAGAUCCCCGACCUGCUGGAGAAAGGCGAGCGGCUGCCGCAGCCGCCCAUCUGCACCAUCGACGUCUACAUGAUCAUGGUGAAAUGCUGGAUGAUCGACUCCGAGUGCCGGCCCAAGUUCCGUGAGCUGGUCACCGAGUUCUCCCGCAUGGCCCGCGACCCCCAGCGCUUCGUGGUCAUCCAGAACGACACAAUUGGGCUGCCCAGCUCCAUGGACAGCACCUUCUACCGGGCGCUGCUGGAGGAGGAGGACAUGGACGACCUGGUGGAUGCUGAGGAGUACCUGGUCCCUCACCAGGGCUUCUUCAGCGCAGAGACCUCCACCGCCUACCGCAGCCGCAUCUCCUCCACGCGGAGCACAGCAGAGACCCCAGCCGACACGACAGAGGGCGAGGAAUCAGCCGCCUUCCCCUUCCCACCGCAGAGCCUGGUGGAGGGCCCAGAGUGCCCCGUGCCAGAGGCUCUGGAGGUGGAUGGUGGGGCCAAGGGAGCCCUGCCAAGCCCCCCAGCCACACGGUACAGCGAGGACCCCACUGCGCUGCCAGGCGAUGAGAGCGAGGGUCUGGACCCUGAGGGCUUCGCCACCCCAGGUGCCCAUGCCACUAUGCCAGAGUACGUGAAUCAGGCUGGGGAGCGGCCAUCACCCCCCCGGCACCCCUGUGCACCACCAUCCCCACCAGACAAGCCCAAGGGCCACCAAGGCAAGAAUGGGCUCAUCAAGGACACCAAGCACCCCUUCCUGGGGCCCUUUGGCCGCGCCGUGGAGAACCCUGAGUACCUGGCACCCCCGGGGCUGCCGGCCCCCACCGCCUUCAGCCAGGCCUUCGACAACCCCUACUACUGGAACCAGGACCCCCCCAAAGCCGGGAGCCCUGAGGGUGGUCCCAGCUCCACACCAGCAGCUGAGAACCCCGAGUACUUGGGUCUGGCUGAGCCUGAGGACGUGGCUGUGUAGGGCAGGGCCACCGACGGACCCCCCCUUUCACCGAGGCAGCUUGGGGAGGGACGGCGUGAGGCCGGCGGUGGAUGUGGGACUGAGACUGUCCCCUCUGCAUGGGGUGCCCUAUACUGCAGGAGAGCCCAGGGCACUGUGGGACAGUGCAGUGGCACAGGGGUGGGCACGGAGGACCCCCAAAAGGAGCCCAAAAGCCCCACCCGGAUGGAUGCUCAAACCCCACAUAGUUCCUUGAGGAAUAAGGACGAUGGAAGCAGCAUCACCCCAACCAGCACAGGACUGGGAGCCCCAUCACACUGCUACUCAUCACCGUACAGCUGUGCCACACUGCCGACGUCCCAAAGGCUCCUCCACCACCACUGUACCCCCAGCCCCCUCCCCACCGGUGCCCAACCGCGCCGGACACACUGACUUGCACUGAGCAGGUGGACACCGGGCUGCCCGGGCUCCUGCUAGAUUCCUGUGAAGCUGACAGUGUCACACCUGGAUGUAUAUUUGAUCAUUGUAUAUGGGUUUUUUUUUUUUUCUA